AUGCUAAACAAUCAAACAGAUUCAGAAUUAAUACUUAGUAUCGAUAGUUAAAUGGAAAAUAACAAUCAAUAACUUAAAGUAAAUAAACAAACAGAUCCAAUUAUUGAAUGGGAAGACUAGAAAUCUCAAUCCAUUCUUAAGACCAAUCAUCUUCCAAUCACACUAGAUAAUUCAUCUCAGGACAGAAAAAGAUUCUAUUCCAACAAUGAAUUUAGAAAAGUCUCCUUUGAUGAGAGUCUCAAUACAGUGCAUACAUAUACUAAAGAUAAUAGAAAAGAAAUAAAAAACUUUGAAACAAGCUUUAAACAAAAGAAAAAGGUAGAUAAACCUGAACUUCCAAAAUCCAAGAGAUUUGGAAAUCACAAAAAAAGAAAAAACUCUUUUUGA